AUGAGCAAAGUUCUUGUCUGGUGGAAGUUGUUUCCCCUCCAGGAACAGGGAUAUCAGGAACCAGAACUGCACCAGUCGAACAAACCUUCGAGAGACCCUUUUGAAACCGCGAGUUACAAGUGCAAAACGGGACACCCCACACCCCGCCGUAGUUAUCUGAUAUCACGAUCGAGGUUAGAAGGCCGGAAGCUUGAUAUGAAAAAGGGCAAAAAGGUAAAGGCAUCUUCCAUGUCUGGGUCGAUUCAUGCAGAUAUCAAGUCACGGCAGUUGAAAAGACGACGGCAGAUACCUGCUUCCGGCAGUCAUUUUCUUGAUCUUAUCUCAUGA